UAGAAUUUUGGCUAGUAGCCAAGCUUACUCCAAGUAGCCUGUGAUGUCAUUUCCGGUGCUGUAAUGGCGGUGGAUUUGACUCCGCGAUUCAGAAGACUGAACAGUCAAACAUGUUUCAAAGACAACAAACAACUGUCAGGUGUCUCUGGGCCUUUCAAGGCCACUCAACUGUGGCAGAACAUCAUUGAGGCUUUGCAAUCGCAGGUGGAGCUCAGACCCCGCAGACAGCAUCUGCGCAUCCAUCACGAUUGCUUCACUGGUUCUGAUGCUGUAGAUGUGGUCCUGAGCCACCUCAUGCAGAACAUUUACUUCUGUUCCAGUGAGGUGUCCCGUCUCAAAGCUGCCAAACUCUGCCAGGCCUUGAUGGAGUCGAGAGUGUUUGAACCCAUCGGUGUGAAGCUCUUCAGGAAAGAGAAGGAAAUGACCUUUGAGGAUUCCAGCUGCAGCCUUUAUCGCUUCUUAAAUAGUGGCGAUCCAUAUAAGAAGAGAUACAAUGAAAAUCAUACCCCUGAUAAACUGACUGGAAGGAACACUACUUCAAAGUUUGGAGAAAGGCAGACCAUUUCCAACCCAUUCGUACUUGGAUCAUCAGACAGAAGGGUGGAGAGACUACUGAAAAAUAUAAACCUACACCCAUCUGUGCCUUCUGAUCUACAUCGGGCUGCAUUUUCCAAUGGUUUUUUGUCAAAAAAAGUGGUACGAGAGGUUUGGAAACAACAAGCGUUACUUCAGCUGCUACAGGUGGUUGAGAUCCCGAUGCUGGACUGUAUUCUGACCUCACCUGCCAAACCUGAGCCUCUGCGGUCAUCACUGCGUAACCAUGGUGACCUGGUUAUCUCCAACACUUGUGUGGAUCGUGAAGUGUCAAAGAGCCUCAACCUGCUUGAGCUGGACUCUUGGCUGAUUGCGGCAGUGGAUUGUCUAGAGCUGUUCCCAGAUCAGUUUAUAGUGACCGUGAGCGAGCAGCUCAUACAGCAGAAUGCAGCAGUGGAGGAGGAAAAGUUUGCGGCACACAAGAAACUGCUGUUUGACACCAUCGCCAAGUAUUACAAUAGUCCAGAAAGACCACCGCUACUGUCUGGACGCUACAAUGACAUCCAGGCUGGAAUCCUGCAUCUCUUGGGUUGUGGAAGAAGUCAAGAUUCCCUAAAAGCAUCUCAACUGUUUAUGCACUUGUUGGAGCCCACAAGCAGGGAUGAACUACGCAGGCUUUUGGGUUUUAUGGCAGCUGCUGCGGAUAAUAAAGGUUUUAAGCUGCAUAAGCAGACUGAGAACCGGGCUUUGGUAAGCAGGACGUUUGUGAAGGCUGUGAUCCAAAAUAAAAAUAUAACGCGUGUCCAAUGUGAGCAGCUCUUGCUUUUCUUCAUGGAUAAUUACACGCAGCUCUUCAAGACACCAUCAUCAUUGAUCACGGCUGUGAGGAACACUCUACACACUUUGCAGCAGGGGAGGGAUCUGGAUAAUGCAGCAUUGUUUACAUUCUGCCAGCUGGUGUCACUUCAGCAGUAUGAGGACAACAGAGAUAAGGCCACUCAUGCCAGUUUAAAGCAGUUAAUGCACCAUAUCGCUCAAAGCGAUAGCCUGUCCGUCAAACAGAAGAGACGCCUUGCCAAGCAGUUUCAAAAGCAUCACCCAGGAGUCUUUCUUCAGCACUUCUUCUCUACGUUUUAGAAAGUAGAAAACACUGGAUAAAAUAUGUUUGAAAUAUUUUUAGACUCUAGCAAAUUUUUAUUCAGUUUUAAGAUGAUUUAUACCUGGAUCCCACAUAAUGUAGCAAUCCAAAGAUUAGUUAUUAAUUUUUAACAAUAGACUACUGUUUUUGUAGUUGGAUAGAUUCAGUUGCAAUGCAUCUGUGCGGUGCAUUGAACAAAAAUUUCACACUAUAAUUGUACAGGUUUGUAGGUAAUUUAAAGGUGAGGUGAGUGAAUAUGCUGUUUUAUUAGUUAUUCUAUAACAAAUAUGAUAUGCUCAGGACACUAAAGGUUAGAGUUUAACUCUAGAGUUGCACUUGAAAUGUAAUGGAAAUUAGUAUUGUAUUAACAUACAUCUUUAAAGUAUAGAUUCAAUUUAAGGUUCUUGGAGCUAUGAUCACUUUUUUUGUAAUUCAAUGACUGAGCGAUUUAAUGAAUAUUGACCUCACAUAUUACUGUAUUCUGUAAGUGUAACUAUAAGGGAUUUAUAGUAAGAUGGGGUACAGUAGAGUGUCCAUGUGUAAAGGAUGAUUUUUAAAUGUUUAAACAAUUUUGUACAAAAUGCACUGGAUUUGCUAUGGUGAUGCAUAUAAUUAUUUAUUUAGUGAUUGAAUAUAAAAAUGAUUGGACUUGUUUUAGUGGUACUUUGGACUAAUUAUGUAUGCUAAUGCAGUAAUUGCUUUAGACUGACUUGGAUUUAGAUGCACUUUAAUUUUGUAAUAUUUAAAACUUAUUAAAAUUUCAGCAUGACUUCA